CAUAAAUCCUAAGUAUCAAGCAGCCGAAUUGCAACACGCAUUAAAGCUCUGCGAUGUGAAAGCACUUGUUUGUUCUGAGAAAUGUAAAACGUUGGACUUCUACGGCAUACUGCUCAGUUUAAUUCCAGAUCUGAAAACGAGUGAGCCAGGAAAUGUUUCAUGUACGAGUAUUCCCACUUUGAAAAAUAUUAUCACCAUUACUACAUCAAAAUUGAAGGGAACGUAUAGCUAUUAUGACGUGAUGAAUUUUGGGACUGGAGAAAUUGGGGACGAAUGCGAAGUUGCAGCCGAGGACAUUGCUAAUCUUCAGUUUUCUUCCGGAACGACGGGAAGACCAAAGGUAGUUUGUUUGACACAUUUUCAAAUGGUAAACAACGCCUACCAUAUGGGAAAGAGACUUGGCAUUGACGACGACCAGCACGUAUACUGCUUGCAACCACCGCUAUUCCACGUGUUUGGUAUUUGUGUGUGCCUUCUUAGUGCUUACCACAAUGGCACAACUUUGGUGCUUCCAUCGCCGCUGUACAGUCCUUCGGCAAAUAUAAAAGCAAUGGCGGAAGAAAGAUGUACCGUGGUGUGUGGAACCCCAACUAUGUACAUAGAUCUGGUUAGUUUACAAAGCAAGCUAAAUUUAAAACUCUAUGCACGCAGAGCUCUUAUAGGCGCUUCACCGUGGCCAUCAAAGCUUGUAGAUGACAUUAAGGACAUAUUAAAAAUAAAAGACAUUAAGUGUUUGUAUGGUGCAACCGAACUGACGUCGGCUGCAUUCCACUCUUUAAAAGAAGUCAAUAAGCACAACGAUGUGGCGGAAAAUAUCGCUUACAUUGGCGAAUAUGUUGAAGCAAAAGUGGUAGACCGCAACCAGAACGUCGUUCCUUUCGGUACGCCUGGUGAACUUUGCAUUCGCGGGUAUUUAACGAUGACAGGUUACUGGAAAGAACCAGAAUUAACGGCGAAGGUUCUGAAUAAAGACCGUUGGUUCAGAACUGGGGAUCAAUUCGUCCUUUACGAGGAUGGUAGAGGUAAAGUGGUGGGUAGGUUGAAAGAUAUGAUCAUAAGAGGCGGUGAAAACAUAUCCCCAAGUGAAGUCGAAGAAUUUCUUCAUACACAUCCAGAUAUUGUUGAAGCUAGCGUGAUCGGAAUAGCAGAUGAGCGGUUAGGGGAAGAUGUCGGCGCCUGCAUUCGUCUCAGGGAAGGUGCGAACUUGUCUUUGGAGAAUUUAAGAGAAUUCUGCAAGGGAAAGAUAGCAACUUAUAAAAUCCCUGCUCAAAUAAAGAUAAUGGAAACAUUUCCGAAGACCCUUUCUGGCAAGGUCCAGAAAUUUGUACUUAGGCAAGAGUUUAGUAGAACGAAAUGACGUAUUUGGUCACCUUCGACGUUAAUAGGGUAACUAAAGGUGGUCAGUAUUGCUUCUAGAAAAUGGUCUAAAAAUUAAGGACAAGUUGAAUAAUAAUAUACACCCACAUAUUCGGACUGUAUACGUAUAAAGAAUGCUGAAUAAGUCUACUUCUUACCACAUGUAUAAAAUAUAAAUAAAAUGUUAUUUUCGGCGCAAAUAUUGUUAAGGUAAAUUUAUACGGGAUUUAUUUAAAUGCUUAUUUAUAUCAAAUUAAUUAUUAACGUUCACUGGAAUGAUAGAGUAAAUAAAAUGGUUGAUUUAUGACAA